AUGCCAGUGGAACAUUCGCCGUUCAAACCCAAGAAGCAACCAACCAUGGAGGAAGCGAAGCAGGCCAUCCAUCAGCGCGGACAGGUAAAGGGUAAGGUCACCGCUAUAUCCAACGCACUGGAAAAUGCGGAAGACGACCCUUCUCAGCCAAAUUGUCCUUUCCUGGUUGCAAAGGCACCAGCACGGCUACAGCCGUUUGUUCAGCAUCGUGUCAUGGAAAUAACGAAGGAUAGUGGUCACUAUAAAUGGUGUUACGUUCGGUCCAAGGAUAAUCCUGCGGAUGUGAUUUCCCGUGGGCAACUGCCUGGUAGCCUAAAGGAUAACUCGUUAUGGUGGGAAGGUCCAAUGUUCCUUCAUUCAAAGGUUUACGAGUCCACCGUGCCAGAUCCGAUAUCUGAUGAUUUGAUGCCUGAAAUGAAAGCUAUAUCUGUAACAAUUAUGCCGGUAAUUAAUAGUGACGAUCUUCCUGUUUUCAAGAGAUUUGAGUCGUUGCGCAAAUUACAACGCGUUCUAGCCUACGUACAACGAUUUCUAAAAAAUUGUCGAGUCAAGGAUCCUGCACAUCGAAUUCUACACAGGUAUCUUUCCAUUUCCGAGCUACGGUCAGCACUUCAUAUGAUAGUACGUGUGAUUCAAAGUGAAUCAAUACCGGAUGAAGUCCGUAGAGUGCAAACCGGCGAACCAUCGAAAUUGUUGAAAACUCUGGGACCGUUUAUUCUUGACGGAGCACUGCGAGUAGGUGGUCGAAUUCAGAAGUCUCAAAUUCCGUUUGAUGCAAAGCAUCAAUACAUUUUGCCCAAACAUCCGCUCACCGACAUGAUCAUACGUGAAUACCACUUAGAACAUUUGCAUAUAGGCCCUUCCGGCUUAUUGUCAGCCCUCCGGCAACGAUUCUGGUUACUAGGUUCUCGUUCAGCUGUUAGAAAAAUCACUAGGAGAUGUGUUGAGUGUUUUCGUGUGAAACCACGUAGCGUAACGCAGUAUAUGGGUAAUUUACCACGGAGUCGUGUUACUCCUUCUGCCCCGUUUGAAGUAACAGGGGUCGAUUAUGCCGGACCGUUUCAAAUAAAGCAAAGUGGUCGAAAGUCAGUGACAGUGAAGGGUUACUUAUGUGUGUUUGUAUGUUUGGUCACUAAAUCACUCCAUUUGGAACUGGUCUCCGACAUGACAACUGCCGCUUUCAUCGCUGCAUUGCAGCGAUUUGUCAGUCGUAGGGGAUUAAUUCGCGAGCUCCACUCUGACAACGGUAGCAAUUUUCGUGGUGCUAAGUCCGAGCUUAAUGAGUUGUAUCUUCUGUUUCGUCAGAAUGCUGCCAUAAAUCAAAUCGAAUCGUUCUGCCAGACCAAAGAGAUAAGUUGGCAUUUUAUACCACCCGAUGCCCCUGAAUUUGGCGGAAUUUGGGAGGCUUCAGUCAAAAGUACAAAGUAUCAUCUGAAGCGAAUUCUAAAGGGUAAUUUGUUGACGUUCGAAGAAAUGUACACUUUGUUAACUCAAGUUGAGGCUAUACUCAAUUCGCGACCGCUUUUUUCGCAUUCCGAUGAUCCUGCUGAGAGCGAAGUUAUUACUCCAGCACACUUCCUUAUCGGUCGUCCAAUGACCGCCGUUCCCGAGCCGUCGUAUGAUGGCCUCAGCAAAAACCGUUUGUCAAGAUGGCAGCACUUGCAGCAGAUGAGGGAACACUUUUGGAAGUCUUGGGUACACGACUAUCUCGUGAGUCUUCAGCCAAGAGGGAAAAACUUCGCCCGAAACCCAAACCUACGUGUUGGUACUGUAGUUCUGCUGGAAGAUAAAACACUUCCACCACAGCAAUGGAAACUGGGUAUAAUCACUCAUGUUUAUCCCGGCGAGGAUAAUCUUAGGAUAACCGUCCAAAUGGGGGGUCUUUGGAUGCCGGCGACGAUCGCCCGGGGGAGGAUGUUCGCUCUAGCGAAAAAUCCCAUGACGUCAUUCUAUAGCGUCAAUCAUUCAGUCAUCGCUCCUCGACGUGCAGUAUUUACACGUUGCCAUUUUUGGAGGUGCCGAGGCAACUGCGACUCCAAUCAGCCCAACAUGAAUGCCGACGCCGUCAUGCCUCGCAAGCCGUGA